UCCAUUCCAACGGCUCGCGCUCUCAUUCGGGCAGAAAUACACAUUCUAUCCUGUGCGCUUGUCCAAGAAAGAAGUAUGGUGUUACUUACGAUAACGCCCUCCAUCGUGGAGGCCUUGGCGAUCAAAGAAUCCUCGAAAUCGGAAGCUGUCGAAGCUCAUCAUGACGACAACGAAACCGAUGCUGCCUCGCAGAAACCCGAUGAGCCAUCAUUAGACGAGCCUGAAGUUGGAAAGCCCAUAUCCCAUGGGCAGAUUGUCGAUCUCUGGAAGAACCUCAAAACGCAAGGCAACUCGCCCUACACCCUCGAGCAGCUCCUCCGCGGCGCAUCCAUCUACAUUCCUCCUCCACCUCCCAAGCCUGCACCCUCCCCCGAAUACAAAGCCCUCAUGGCCCGUCUCCGCCGCGAAGAAGAAGCCCGCGCCUACGAACGAAUGAUCAACCCGGUCCCGCAGCUCGAAACCUUCCACAACCGCUUUCCCAACGCCGCAUCCGCAUUUGCCGAAGUCAAUAAGCCCACCUCUGCCAGGGAUACCGGCGACAACGACGAUGCCGCGAUGAACGAGGUGCACCGGCAGGUGACGCUCAUAAUCAACUUCCUCAUCAGCAUAGCAGGUGUGGCGGGCACGCUGUGGAUCGCGGCGCGGUGGUGGAGUCUACCGUCGAGGCUGUUUCUCACGUUAGGGGGGAGUAUACUUGUUGCUAUAGCAGAAGUUACUGUGUAUUCGGGGUAUCAGUGGAGGAUGGAGGAGGGGAAGAAGAAGGAUCGCAAGGUGAGGGAGGUUAAGGAGGUUGUGGAGAGUUGGGUUGUGGGUAAGGAUGAUGGUGUAGAUGAGAAGACGGUGUUGAUUAAGGAGAAGGGAGCGGAUGAGAAUGAUGCGGUUAGGAAAAGAAGACCGGAACAGAAAUCGGAAGAAAAGGCCAACAUAUGA